ACAAAUUAUUAUAUCAGAAGCUCAGUUAAAUAAAGUCCUCAGCAGGCAUUUGGAACAUCACAUCACAUAUUUUGAAAAUUCGAAAGUACUGUUUAUGCCUUAUCCAAUCCGGACCAUCAGACAAUUCGUUAAUUAUGUACAGACGGACGAUCCCAGAUUGAGCUCUAUUACAAACGCUUUCGAUCUGUAUCAUCUGAGUUCAAGAUACGAGUUAGACCAUUUAAGAAAGAAAUGUAGAUCAUUUAUCAUUCGGAAAAUAAACGUGAAUACCGUGUGUUUAAUCCACGAUUUUGCACGUGAGAUCGGUGAUAUGCUCAUAACUUAUUAUUGCUGGCAAGCUUUCGACGAACACGGAGAAGUACUAUUUACAACAGUCGACUUUAAGUGUUGUAAAAUUGCAACAAUUGAUAGACUGCUAUCUCGAGCGAUAUACGAAUAUGUCAGUAAAUUGCGUUUACUCCGAGCCGUGUAUCAGUGGAGCAUAGAAGAAGUUAAAAGAAAAUUGGGUUCAGACAACUUCCAUUCGAUGAAUGAAGAAUCGAAAAGGAAUGCAAUAAGAAAUGUAAUGGAACUAUUUAUUGGAAAAGUCAGAUUUCUUGUCAUGAAUGAAGACGAAUUGCAAUCUUGUGUUUUUACAAUGAACUUGUUAAGCGAAGUAGAAAAAAGUCAUAUCUGGCAUGCUUUUAAAUAUAAUUAUUAUUCCUUGUAUCCCAGUUACUUCAGUCGAGAAACGAACAAGAACAAGCUAAUUAUUUAUGUACGAGAACAAGCUAAUUAUUUUAGCUUGUUCUCGUACAUAAAUCGUGGAGAUCCUUCUCUGGUCUCAAUCAGAGAGAUGAAAGGUUACAUAUAUUUUAGCAGCGAAGUAGUUGUAAGAGAAGAUUGUUUCGUCACGGCCCUUCGAUUUCCGUUAAAGCUUAGCGAACGUUUUCCAAUGUACGUAUACGCGUAUAUUAACAAUUUGGACAACGAACAGUUUCCGUUUGACACCGUUUGCAAUUCAGAGGGAGUAGCAGAACUGCAAACGAAGUAUUAUCUAGAAAAAUAUUGGUCAAUUCGUUUCUUUGCUUUCUUUUAUCUCGCUGAAAAUGUCGAACCCGAUAUCGAGUUUUCACCUGAACUGAGUUACUUUGUGAGCGACGAAGGAACAGAUGCAAGGAGAUUUGAAGACAAAAUUCUAAUCGGUGACAGAAACCUUAUCAAUAAUAUUUACUUUUCGGUUGAUUUAUAUUUUUGAAGUCAAAAGUUUACUUGGAAAAAAGCGAAAUCUGAACCAGAAUAUAAUGUAAAGUUAAAUUCGAAUAUGAUUAUUUGUUACGGGUAUCACUGUAAAAUGAAUUUAUUGGGUUUACGAAAAACAAAAUUUAAAUAUAAAGUGCUUAUUAAUGUAACUUUUCUAUGUCAAAAGUAUAUUGUCAUUACACGAGUUGCUUAUAAUACAAAAUUUAGUAUUUACAAAUAUAUCAUUAUUAAUUAAGAACGUUUAUAAUUGUCAGCAUUUGAAUGAUAAUUUCGUACGUGACUUCAUUUUUUAUCGCAGUAGAUGUUCAAGAAAAAAAUAUAAUUACAAUCUUACAGUAUUAAUGUUUUCUUUCUUCAUGCUAAUGACGAUAGAAAUAUGAAAAGAAGAAUUUUCGUCUAAAUGGAAGAGCUAUUCGAUAUCCACAUUUGAUUACAAAUAAUUAAACAGUAGCAAUAAUAAAUUGUGUUG